CCUGUCUCCAGCGUUCACCAAUCCAAUUCCAGGUUUCAAGCAAUUGUACCCAUCCAGGCUUCAAGCUCCAGGUCCAAUCCAGCCCAACAGUUUGGGCAGCCCAAAGUCCAGCAAACUCCAGCUUACGUGCUCUGCUUCCUGUCCACUCCAGCUUACAGCUCUACUUCGCUUCCGUCGGCUGCCCACUCCUUGCUCCGCCUCUCCUCCGGUCUCCUAGUCCACCGCUUCCCGACGCCCGUGGCUGCUCACUGCCUUCCCGCCCAGCUUCCCAGGACGCUGACCGGCGGCUGCCACUGCCCUAGAAUGGAAAUUCAAAAUGAUGAACCAAUGCAUGAGUGCGGCCAAAAGAUCUUGGAGAUCUUCUCAGAAUUUAUGACAAGGAUUGUAAAAAUCGAGGAACUAGCAUCCGUAGGAAACAGAAUGCUAGUUGGCUUCCAGCAAGGACUUGAGUAUGUUCGAAGGCCUCAGAUUGAAGAGAAAUCUGAGCUGGUUGAGUUCAUUCUUAAAGCUAAUCAAACCAAGAGACUGGUAUCCUAUAUUGAAGCUGGAUGCAAGAACACCAAUGAUAGUAUUAAUAGUAUAAACAAGUAAGUGCAUGUGUGCCUCCAAGGACUCCAAGAUCUUAAGAUGCAAGCAAAAUACUUGAUGGAUGAACUGGAUUGCCUUCUGAAUGAUGCGGAAGCUGUAGUGCGAAGUGCAAAUUAUAGUCUGCCUUGCACUACAAUUGAUCAAGAUAUUAACCGCAGUUUGGAUUUUAAAGCAGAUUUUUUGGAGGAGGAGGUGGCUUCCAGUGUUCUGAAGUCUGAAGUCGUUGACAUUGCUAUGAUGAUGGCUGUAGUAUGCAGUAUGAUUAAGAAAGACUAUGUGAUGCAGGAAAAGAUCAUUUCAUCUCUAAACCUCAAGUCGUCUACUGGAGAGCUGGACACCUACUGUUUAAUGUGGUCACUGCGUCCUUAUGUAGAUGAUGAGAUCAUGGCGAAAGCGUGGAAACUUGUCCAUUGACCGUUGUGAACUUUAUAUUGCGUUACUAUACAAAUGAAACAUUUAGUGUUUUCUUGGCUAUUUAUUUCUUCAACACCGAAUCUCUUGUAUUUCACUGGCCUUGUAACUUUCAUCCUAAUUUGAAAGGCAUUUUUCUACUUUUUUGUUAGCAAAUGUAUUGUCUGGCCUUGCUUAUUUGCAUCACUUGC